UUUACUCCGGUUUUCGCGUUCCUCGAGAACAUCGUCGCGGUGCUUAGACAGUCACUCCCGAUCGUUUCGUUACCAACUUCGCGUCCUUGGAAUCAGAUUUCGCAUAUAUAGCGUAAAGGAAGAAAGUUAAUUGUCGUUAAAAAGAUAACGUUAUAGUAAAUUAAUUGUAAGAUUUUAUUGUAAAACGCGCGUUGCAUUUAAACAAGUAUAAACUGUACUUGUCGUAUUAUCGGUUGUUAGGUUUUUUUUUAUGCUCGUUUGGCGCAAGUUUCCUUUCGUCGAUUGUUCGAAUUGCUUUUACAAAUUUUAAUCACCAAUUGGAAUUUGUUAUUUAAAAAGUUUGAGUGAUGGCGCAGCUAAUCAGCGUCAAGUUAUCCAGGUUUGAUAAUUCACCUUGGGGCUUCCGACUUCAAGGUGGUAAGGAUUUUGGAACACCCCUCGUCGUUCAGAAGGUGAACGGGGGUUCUCCCGCUGAGGCAGCUGGUCUCCGGGCUGGUGACUCGGUGAUCAAGGUGAACAACACGGAUACGUUCAACCUGAGGCACAAGGACGCUCAGGAUGUCAUUGUGAGGGCGGGAAACAACUUCGAAAUAACCAUCCAGAGAGGCGGCAGCACAUGGAAACCCAGCGUGACACCCGUGUCAGCGACCCUUCCAACCCCUAAGCCAGCCAGCCCUGCGGCCAGUAUUUCACCUGUGACAAAGACAUCUCUGGCAGCGAAGAAGCAGGAUGGACCAUUGAUCGGAAGCGGACACAACUUCAGCCCAAAGCCAUUCUUGAACGGAAACGGGGAAGCUCCUAUCAAGUCUAUCGUCAACAAGCAGUAUAACAGCCCGGUGGGCAUCUACAGUGAAGAAACUAUAGCAGAAACCUUAUCUGCUCAGGCAGAGGUUCUCGCCGGUGGAGUACUGGGGGUCAACUUCAAAAAGAAUGAGAAGAACUAUAAUGCCGAGAACAGCGAAGUCUUCAAAAUGGUCCAGGAGGCGGACAAGGAACCAAGGUCACCCGAACCUGUUUCAUCCCGGACGGAAUUUUAUUCUUCGUUCAGUCAUGCCGUGGGGGGUCGCGCCACCUCACCAAGGUCGCCGACACCCCUGGGCCGGGCUAUGGGUCUCGGUCAGAGGCAGGAAAAUUUGAAUUUCCAUCAAUGCUCCGUGCCCGGACAAUCCGAACGUAAUCACCUCCACCGAGAAGAGACGAAACCCUCAUCAGAAACUCCCGUUUGCCGCAACUGCGAUAAAUCAAUUGUGGGUGUCUUCGUAAGGAUAAAGGACAAGAACUUGCACGUGGAAUGCUUCAAAUGUUCUACCUGCGGAACGUCCCUGAAGAACGUCGGGUACUACAACAUCAACAACAAGCUCUACUGCGACAUCCACGCAAAGCUGGUAGCCAGGCAAAAUCCACCGGCUUCAGGCCUCGUCCCAGUCACAGUUGCACCCGGCAAGGCACCCGCUGGCACCAUUUCCGCAGCACUGGCUAACGUUGGUGCUGGUAUCCCUCCCUUGGCACCUCUGUCACCAUCUUUGAACAAUCACUCGUCGCCCCAGCCUUUCACCUGCAAUCGACCGACCAACGUAGCCAGCAUACAAGACGGCGUUCAGCGUCUCCGCGUGGAAAACGGCACUUCCGGAUUAUCCUCGUCUGCACCGGUUCCACGGUCGCCCGAAAAUCAAGCGAAACUAAACGUGACUCGCAAUGGUGCGGGCGAGAAUUCAAAGACCUUUACCAGUACGCUCAUCAUUCAGACGGGGAACGAGGUUGGCAGUACCAACAACGGCGACAAGCUUUUGUACAAUAACACUGUUAACACAGAUAUUUACCUCGAACCAAAACGUGAUAAUCAAAAUUUGUGCGAGUUUGAACUAACCAAUACCAUCGAGGAACCGAUCACUGACCUGCUAGCGAUUGCAGCCCAACCUUUCCCAGUUCGAAAACAGGCAUCGUCGACGAACAGCAUCGGUGGUCCGAAGCCCUUCGGAGGCGUUCAAACCGCGCCCAGUCUGGUGUCCGCACCAUCCUUGAACUCCAGCAGCAACACUCUGCCCCGUCCGCAGAGCCAAAACGCCACUGGUCGAUACUCCACACUGCCAAAGCCCAAAAGUUCCCUCUUCAGAGGUAUGAGGACAAUAAAACGACAAGUCGCUUCGUCGUCAUAUACACCGUCAUUCCAUCUUCCAAUUGUCGCAAAAGUCAUCGUAUCAACGAAACCCUAUGAAACGGUUGAAAUGUCAAAACGACAUUCCUGUUCCUGUUCCCCUUUACCAUCCCGUACAGACUCCUACUUUGAAGAAUCCGACUACUACGAAGUAGAAACAGAAACUCAUUUCGAAAGUGUUCCAUCAACGCCACCUCCACCUUCCGUAAAAAGUAAGAGCCUUGUAUGGCCCCCGGCGAAACCACUUGAAGAUAUCACAUACCCAACAGCGAGUCCUUUGUACAUUAACCCAAACCCGAUCCUAAAUCAAAGGCAGCAAAGAGCCAUUGAAGAAAAACGACAAAGCCAACUGAUGGAGCAGCAACAGGAAAUCAAAAUUCACCGAGAGCAGAGCGAAGAACGAGCAAGAAUGGAGCAGGCGACUUGCUCCGGCCCGGUAUACAGAAGGGUACAACUACACGGAGUGACGAAUCAGAGAGAGUCGAGAUCAAAAGAAGUCACUUGUUCGCGAUCAACUUCGAGAGCGGCGUCGAGAGAGAGUCUGCGAAGAUCUCUGACUCCUACGAAAAUAACUCAGCCGACCCCUCAGCCUUGGACAGCAACUGUUACUUCGGGUACAAACCUCUACGAACAAUCGUGUCCAGCUAUGAUUUGCGACUCGGUAUGCGAACAGGAACAAAUAUGCGAAAAGCAGGUAUCAUGUGAGAAUCAUAUAUGCCAAAGUCAGCAAACCUGCGAGCGUAAACAGAUAUCCCAUCACCAUCAUCACGUCUGCCAUCAACCUUGUCAGCCAGUUUGCAAGCCGGCAUAUCGGCCAGUGUAUCCACCUAAACCUCCUCAGCAAGUGAGCCUCUUCAAAACAGCUGUCUGUGAACCAGAACCAGAACCAGAGCCAGAACCUGAACCGGAACCAGAACCCGCAUCUCCGGUAGUGGAGACGGAAGUAACUUUCACGUUCCGAAGACCAAACAGCGUCACCUUAACGGAAGUCGUACCACAAUACGUGGCUGUUUGCCCUGCGGGCAUCGAAGGUCAGCAUGACUAUGUGACUGAAACUACUGAGGAUGAUGUUGGCCCGAUACACAUUAAGAAGACAACGAUCUACGAGAAGACGGUGGAAGUCGUUGAUGAUGAGGACGAAGAGUGUUCAGAAGUAGAAAAGCGACGAUCUAUCCAUCUGGACCAGGAAGUCGAGAACAUUUCUGAUAGGAGAGAUAUUGCCGAAUGUGCUGAGGUCAUAUCGUCAGCUGUUGGGACGCAGCAGCUAAUGGAGAAGAUUAAACAGGAGGAACAAGAAAUUGUUGAAGAAGAACGAACGGCUGCUGUUCACCAGAUUUCAUCAUCCGUUCAACCCAACAUGGGAAAACGUGUAAGCAUUACGGAGCAGGAGAGUACGGAUGAAGGAUGUUUCAUAGAACGCCACCAGACCGUCAAAGAAGACGAUGCGCAUAGGUAUGAAGAGUUGACGGAGGAAAUCAGGAUUCAAGAAAACUUUAGGCAGCAAGAGAUGGAAGAACAGAGGCGCCAGAGUUUGCGAGAGCAAGUACAAGUGCAUCAAACUCUGCGUGAACAGCAAAUUCCCGAAAGACGACCACCACCGCCAACUCUUCAAGAACGCAGACUCAGCGCGAAGUUUAACCAACAAGAUUUUUCACGUCAGCAGGUACAAACAGCGGAAACAUCAUGCGCCAAGAAGCAUGUGCAGUUCGUAACGGAGACAGAAUCUGGUAUAAAGCGACUUCCGCCCACAACGAUUAAAAAUUCUACACCAAAACAAUGGAAGUCGGAAAUGGUAAACGCCUUGACAACGGCAUCCGACAGAGCCUAUUCACCACUGACCACUUCACAUUUGACGGAGGACAACAGCUUCGUCGAGGAAUCUUACACCGAAGAACAGUGUUACUGCGAAGAAACUCAGUUCCCGACGAACGAAUGUGAGCCACAACGUUGCGUUUCCCCGUUCCAGCAGGCUCUUACCACAGCACCAGACCGAUCCUACACACCGUUGGGAUUCUACGAUGAACCAGGUCAAUACCAAACUGAGAUAGAGGUGUGCCAUCGCUCGCAAACUCCUACGGUCCAGGCAAACCCUGGUCCGGACGGAUACUGCGCGCCGGCGGAAAUCUUGUAUGCCGAUGACACUACGGAAGAGACGGUGAGACGUGAAAGGAGGGUCAGAAAGUCGGUAACCCCACAGCCACUGCCGUUGCCUCCGCCUGACUUUCAUUUUAGAGAUUCGUCUCAGCCUCGAUCUCGAUCGCAAACACCAAGCAAUCGGUCGCUGAUGACUGGCCUGAAGAAACCCGGUACGAUUCCCCCGUACCAACGAAAUUUAGUUGCCAUGCAGAAGAUCCCGGUCGAAGGUCACAAUUAUGUUCCAAGUAGAACUCCAACACCGACACCGGGAAGAUCGAAAUCUCCUGCUCAAGGACCACCCGAACCACCGGCAUGCUACGUCAAGGCUCAAGCCCCGAAGAUUAAGACCGAUGAUCCACCCAGAUCGACAACACCUUCGGGUGGCAGGCACAACAAAAAACCGCAGGAAGAGGGAGAGUCAUACACGUACCACGAAGAGAAGAACACACCACGUGGCCGUGUUAUAAAGGAUGUUGAAGGAUCUCUUCGAAUCGCUUACGCUGGCGAUGAAGAAUCGUUCGUUGCAAGUGAAAAGGAGGUGGUAGAGACUUUGAAGAACGUUAAAAAGAAUCCGGCAUGCGAUAUAAAGAAGCCUUGCAGUAUACCGAUCGUAGUUGAGUCCGCAAAGAAGCCUGAGCCGCAGUGUGAAUCGUAUCAAAAAUCCGUCUGCGUGAUGGGAAAGCUUAACCAACCACAGGGUACGCUACCCUGUCCGAUGGGCAAGAGCCAAUCCGAAAGAUUCCCAAAAACGGGAGUCCGCGUUUUGCCUCCUUGUCCUAAGACUAUAGUGAAUGAACAAUCGAAAUGCAAGAAAAGUAUCUACUCCGAAACUCAGUCUCAGUCGCAGGUCUGCCAACGCACAGUGUCACAGUCUCAGCGCAGCGCAUUCUGUGGUACCAAGCCCAAGAGUCACCUGCAGACUGGGCCGACCGCCGAAGCAAACCGGAGUUACUCACAGUCCGGCGUCUGCAGCAUCCCUACAACCGAUCGCAGAGGCCUCUGCGUUUCCCCGUGUGGUGGAGUGGAGCAGCAGAGUUGCGGUCAGCCAUCGGGCACCUGUGGAAGACGUUUGGGUUCGUCAGCUUUGGAUAUAGGCAAUAAUAGCCCCCUGUCAGACGUCUGCAUAACACCGUGCAACGACGGUUCGGUCUGCGUAGCCCCAUGCCCAAAACCAAUGCCGAAGAGUCAGUGUCCCUUUGCCCGUUCACCGACAGCCGACUUGCCCUUUCCUCAGAUCCGUUUGCCCUACGAUGACGACAACGAACCCGUUUGCCCUCUAGCUAAAAGCCCGAUACCACAGUUAAACGAUUUGGGAUUUCAACCGAUCCAUACGCCUCGCACUAACCUUGGAUGCCAGCUUACGCGGCUAGUCCACAAAACGAACAAGCAAUCGGUCCACGUGUACAAACCUCAGGCCCAGUGCUCGUCUCAGACCCUGUGUCAGACCCAAAGCCCAAAAUGCCCCCUCUUAGCCCCGAUUAGUAAGACCCAGAAUUUAGUAGACCCACCGAAUUUGUCAUCCCACCCGGAUCUAGGUACCGGCAUUGGAGGUCCUGGUUCGAAGAGCGGCGCCGUCGCUGGUAACACAGCUCCUAAACGUGGUCGCGGUAUCUUGACGCAGCAAGGUGGACCUGGAUCGCGUGUUCCUCUAUGCGGUUACUGCAACUCUUACGUCAGGGGUCCGUUCAUCACGGCACUCGGUAACAUCUGGUGCCCCGACCACUUCGUAUGCGUAAACGCGCAAUGCCGUCGACCCCUUCAGGAUAUCGGGUUCGUCGAAGAAAAGGGACAAUUAUACUGCGAGUACUGUUUCGAACAAUUCAUUGCCCCGCCUUGCAGCAAGUGCAACAACAAAAUCAAAGGGGAAUGCCUGAACGCUAUUGGAAAACAUUUCCACCCUGAGUGCUUCAACUGUUCAUAUUGCGGCAAGCUUUUCGGAAAUAAUCCGUUCUUCUUGGAAGACGGAUUGCCCUACUGUGAAGCUGAUUGGAACGAAUUAUUUACAACGAAAUGUUUCUCAUGCGGUUUCCCGGUGGAAGCCGGCGAUAGAUGGGUCGAAGCUUUGAGCAACAACUAUCACAGCCAGUGCUUCAAUUGCACGAUGUGUAAAAAGAAUCUCGAAGGUCAAAGCUUCUACGCGAAAGGAGGUCGUCCGUUCUGCAAAAAUCACGCGCGCUAAUGCGGAGGGAUCAUCCGACCUCUGAAACCAAAAAAUAACAAUUAUAAUUAUAUUCUAUAAAAUACCUAAGCAGAAACACGUUACGGAAGCCAUUAUCAACCGCGUAUGAAUGAUUAAUUAUGCCAUACUGUACGAGGAUAAUUAUUAUAUUUAUCUGGAAGAAACAGUGAAAAGAAGAUUUAUUUCACCCUCUCGAGUCAUAUUACAACAGUUUACGAAUCGCUUACGAUAAUAAUUCUAAUUACAAAACCGAAAAGUAUUUCCGUGCGCGAAUGUAAUUUAUAAAUUUAAUUCACAAACUUGACAAAAGUGGGUGAAGUUUAAAUACCACAAGCAACUCAUAAGCAUCAGCAUGAAAGCAAGUCAACUUAGCUGAAACAUGCGAAGGUCGUCUUGCCAAUUAGAAAUAUUAAACAAAAUUGCAUAUUUAAUUGCGCAUUUCGAUUUCUUUACGUAAAAUCCUGCAGUCACGAAGACAUUGCGGAUUAUUCUGAUGAAAAUUUAAAUAAAUGAGCGGUAAUCCGAUUCAGGCAUGACCUUAGGUUCCAGAAUAUCGAGUUAUGAUAAGAAUUUCAUCUUACCAAACGAUGUAAUUAAUUUAUUCAAAAUAUUGUAUAUCGAACCGAACCUGUGGAAUAGAAAACAGUUGAUAAAAAUCAAUGAAUUAUUAAAAGAGUCGAAAUACAAUAUCUUUCAUUGGUCAAAAAUUAUAAGAAAAAUAAAUAUAUUAUAGGUACGUAUUGAACGUCUAACAUAUUUUUAUCAGUACGGUAUAUAUUAUAUAGUGAGUUUUCGCGUAUUAUAUGUUAUAGCUUUAUUUGAAGAGAGAGAGAGAGAGAGAGAAAAAAUACAAAAAGUAAAAAAUAUAAAUUUGAUAUUCAGUCAAAGCUGCGCUCUCAACGGCGUUGCAUUUCGUUGCUCUGCACGUUUGAUACACAGAAACUAACGAACGCCGUCGAGAUUGUGAGAGAGUCAGUUUUACGAUAAGGAAUAUGAUCAUCUAAUAUGUAGAGGUAACAGUAAUCAUAUGCAUAAGUUCAUCGUUUAUGUAAAUGGAUAUGCUCAUCCAGUCAAAGCAAUACAGUUGCCAUAUUAAUAUUAUGCCAGGUUACCGUUUUAGUGCCAUUUUCAAGCUUGUGUCAUAAUAGUCAUGAAAAUAACUGGCACAUCUUUUACCAAUAACGAGGAUAAUAAAUUAAGAUUUAAACAGUAUGCAUAAUAUCUAAGAAUUUAAGCUAUAUAUUUAAUUGGAAAAUAAAAUUAUACAUAACAAUCGGACGUUGCAAUUUUUAAUUGAUAUUUUAAUCAUGUUUGAUGAAGAUUUCUGCAGAAGUGUAAUUCAAUAACUUGACGUUCUUAUUAGGCAAGAACAUGCAUUGUUAGUUGAAAUCUAUAAGAGAGCAACGUUGAAAAAAAUUAUUAGAAAUUUACAAUCGCUCUAGCGUUUUCAAUGUAAUUGACGAUCGACACCAACAGCUGUAUAUUAAAAGUUGUAAAAUCAAUUACGUUAAGUAUAAGUCCCCGAAAGGUCCUAUGUAUCCCCUUACGUGUUGCUUACAAUAAAAUAAAUAGUCGUAUUUAACU